AUGAAGAUCGGAAUCCACGGCCUGUACUGGGUGCUCCCGCUCCUCACCUUUUGCUUCUGGAUCACCAACAUUGUCGGCCUGCUCGGCCUGUGGGUCCGCGACAAGUUCAAGCGGUACGAGGUCGAGGAGGCGUCCAUCGUCUUUAUCAGCGACGUCGGCGCCACGCACCAGGCCUUUUUCAUCGUCUUCAGCUCCCUCACCGCCCUCUUUUACGUCCUCACCACGCUCGCCGAGCGCCACCUCCGCCACCAGCGGAGGAUCCCCGGCAGCGUGCGAAAGAGGCAGACGAUCUACGACAUCCUCAGCGUCGUCUUCAGCUUUAUCGGCGCCGCGGGGCUUGUCCUCCUCUCGGCCUUUAACGCUUUCGACUGGUCGACGGUGCACUGGUCGAUGACGGUCGUCUUUGUCGUCUUUACGGCGCUCUCGGUCCUGUUCCAGGUGCUCCAGGUCUUUUCGCUGUCCAAGGACUACGAGGGGCUGCGCACGCUCAAGCUCAUCGCCAUCGUCAAGGCCAUCCUGCUCACCAUCGCCGUGGCGGGCGCGAUUGGCUUCAUCGCCACGUACGCCACGUGCAAGGGCAACGCGUACCCGGGCGACCAGCGGUGCGACCGCGUCGUCUCGGCCGCCGCCGUGUGCGAGUGGUCGAUUGCCUUUAUCCUGGCCUUUUUCUACCUCACCUACGUCGUCGACCUGUGGCCCGCCCACCGUCGCGCCCAGAAGGGCCUCAGCGAGGACGGCACCAUGGUCGAGAACCGCCAGCUGGCGCGCGAGCAGGGCACCGACGUCGGCCGCCCCACGGCGCCCUAUGCCAUCGACGGCGUCGUCAACAACGACACCCACUACCCCUCGGCGGCUGCCCGCGAGGUGCGCGGACAGCAGCCCCACGGCGCCCACGGCGGUUCGCCCGCCAUGACGGCCAACACGAUGCCCAACAGCGAGCGCGGAAGCCUGUACCAGCCCGCCAUGGUCGAGGCGCCCCAGCAGCCCCGGUACUAG